ACAACUUGUCAUUUUAUUAACUUCACAAUUUAAUUUCAACGUACACAUUUAAAAUAGCCUGACGCCGCUAUUCGUCGUAUAUUAAAGUAUUUUAUUAUUUGAUAGUCAACGCUACAUGGUAGACGUAACAUUGUUAAUUCAGAAAACACUCUAUUUCAGUCACGUUUACAUAACAUUUUGUGUAGUCUCAAAAUGAGAAUUUAUUUGUUACAAAAUUUAUCGAAAACGAUCGGAAGGAGAUUUUUAGCGACACAUAAUGUGAGGAAAGUAACUCAUUGCAUAUUUGAUAUGGACGGUCUUCUGUUAGAUACAGAGCAAGUUUAUAAAAAGAUGAUAACUCAGCUUUGUGCAAACUACGGGCACAAGUACACGGAUGAGCUGAUGAUGAAGGUACUUGGUGGAACUGAACAGAGGUUGUCUGAAAUUCUAUGCAAAGAGCUGAAACUACCUGUCGCACCUCAUGAAUUCAGAGACCAGUUGCUGAAACUUGGUGACACCAUGUUAGCUGGAACACCUUUAUUAGAUGGUGCUGAAAGAUUAAUUCGUCACCUGCACAAGACGCAAGUACCAUUCGCCUUAGCAACAUCAUCAAGUGAGCGCUCUGUUCAGACUAAGAUUGCUUGCCAUAAGGAGUUGUUUAGUCUUUUCAACCAUAUGGUUAUGGGCAGCUCUGACAAAGAAGUCAAAUUUGGAAAACCACAUCCAGAUAUAUUUCUUGUUGCCGCUACCAGAUUUCUGGACAAACCUGAUCCAUCUAAGUGUUUGGUAUUUGAGGACUCUCCACAUGGUGUGACCGCUGGCAUUGAGGCGGGAAUGCAGGUAGUCAUGGUGCCCGACCCACACCUCGACAAAAGACUCACCAAACAUGCUACCAUCGUUCUACCAACACUAGCCAAGUUCCAACCAGAAAUGUUUGGGUUACCAGCGUUCCAAUGACCGUUACAUAAGAUCCUAAAUUAAGUUGUAAUGUAUAUAUGUUAUUUAUAGGAUUUUGGUUUCAAGUUAUUUUUACACUAUGGUUAUAGAUGGAAGUUAUUAUCUCACACUUUAUUGGCUACAUCUGAUCAUUUUAAAUAUCUCGGGUUCUGUGUAGUCUGUGACACAUAAUGUGUUACCUACUUCUUUUGGAAAUCAGGUAAUUAAAAAGCAAGCAGGCUUUCAGGUUCUAUCUUUGUGGAACUUACAUAGUGAUAUUUGGAAUUCUUAUUUGAGAUUUCAGAGACAAAAAUUUCUGUAAAGAAUAUUGUCAUUCCUCUCAUUAUCUUUAAUAAAAAGAGAUAACAAUAUGUUUUAAACAGGGAUUUUGAUUUUAGAACCGACAAUUAGACUUGUAGUUCAUUUGUGUAGUAAUUAAUAAUAGUUUUGUUAACAUGUGGAGUAAGAAAUAGUAGGAAUUUGUAUAUAAGAUAAAUUUUAUAUUAAAACAGUACUGUGAGUCUUGACUCUAGUGAAAUUUGUAUAGACAAUUAAAGUUGUCUCUGUUUUUUACAAAGAGAAUGUAAUAGAUGACAUAGUGUAUACACAUGUCAGUGCAGUAGAAAUCCACAGAUAAUAAAAUGUAAACUCACAUACACUCGAUAUUUUAUACUUUUAUAGUAAA